AUGGCCUCCACUCGUGUCCUCGCCUCUCGCCUGGCCUCCCAGAUGGCUGCUUCCGCCAAGGUUGCCCGCCCUGCUGUCCGCGUUGCUCAGGUCAGCAAGCGCACCAUCCAGACUGGCUCCCCCCUCCAGACCCUCAAGCGCACCCAGAUGAGCUCCAUCGUCAACGCCACCACCCGCUCUGCUUUCCAGAAGCGCGCCUACUCUUCCGAGAUCGCCCAGGCCAUGGUUGAGGUCUCCAAGAACCUUGGUAUGGGUGCCGCUGCCAUCGGUCUUACCGGUGCCGGUAUUGGUAUCGGUCUCGUCUUCGCUGCCCUCCUCAACGGUGUUGCCCGCAACCCCGCCCUCCGUGGCCAGCUCUUCUCCUACGCCAUUCUUGGUUUCGCUUUCGUCGAGGCCAUCGGUCUUUUCGAUCUCAUGGUUGCCCUCAUGGCCAAGUUCGUAAGUAACCUAAAUGCCGCAUCCGCCGCAGCAUCCCCAUGGAUGCCCAACUGCACCCCGCGCUUGGACGGCUCUGACGUAACGUGA